AAACAAUAAACUAAACAAAAACAAGAAAAAACGAAAAGCAUGCAAUUGUUUUUCGUUUUUUGUUGAACCAAAAAAAAAACUCAUAAAAAAAGGUUCAGUUUCCUUUUCUUUCUGUUAUCAUUUCUUAUAUAUAGAGUUGGCAUUAUUAUCACAAAAUCAACUUUUGAGACUAUGGGUAAUCACGGGGAUCAAGUAAGAGGAAAUGUUGUGAUUAAGGCCAUAUUGUUGGGUCUCAUAAGCAUUGUGUGUGUGAAUGGUACUAACAUAAAUUACAAAGAAGCCCUAACCAAAUCCCUAAUCUUCUUGGAGGCUCAAAGAUCAGGCAAACUCCCUUCUAACAAUAGGGUUCCCUGGAGAGGUGAUUCUGCUCUUGAUGAUGGCAAACUAGCGAAUGUUGAUUUGGCUGGAGGGUACUAUGACGCAGGAGACAAUGUGAAGUAUGGUCUUCCAAUGGCGUUCACGAUCACAACACUAGCUUGGUCGACCAUUGCCUAUGAGAAAGAACUCCGUGCCACUGGAGAGCUCGAAAACGCUCGUGCUGCUAUCCGUUGGGGCACGGAUUAUUUCCUCAAAUGUGCUUCUCGCAAGAACCGCCUCUAUGUUCAGGUCGGUGAUCCACAUGCGGAUCACCAGUGUUGGGCGAGGCCUGAGAACAUGCAAACACCAAGGACGGUUUUGCAGAUAAAUGAUAAAGAUCCUGGCACCGAAAUUGCAGCCGAAACCGCUGCUGCAUUGGCUGCUUCCUCCAUCGUUUUCCGCCACGUCGACCACAAAUACUCCCGCCGGCUCCUCAACAAAGCCAAAUUGCUUUUCAAGCUUGCCAAGAGCCACAAGGGUACAUACGAUGGAGAAUGCCCCUUCUAUUGUUCUUGCUCCGGUUACAACGACGAGUUGCUAUGGGCGGCAACAUGGCUAUACAAGGCAACGAGGAAUCAUGUGUACCUUAGCUACCUCAAAUUCGAAGCCAUAAGUGGUUACGUCGCUGAGUUUAGCUGGGACCUCAAGUACGCCGGUGCGCAGAUGCUCAUUGUCAAGAUGAUCUUCGAAGGCAUUAAAGGACUAGAUCUAUACAAACAACAAGCCGAUAGUUUCAUCUGCUCGAAUCUCCCUGAGAGUCCAUACCACCAAGUCUUCACUACCCCAGGUGGUAUGAUUCACUUGAGGGAUGGAGCCAACACUCAAUAUGUCACCGCGACAGCUUUCUUGUUCUCGGCCUACGCAGAUAUUCUCCAGCAACACAACCAGAAGAUCUCUUGCGGAAGCAAACAAUUCGAUUCAACACACCUCAUGGCUUUCGCUAAAAAACAAAUUGAUUACAUACUAGGGCAUAACCCCAGAGGAAGAUCGUACAUGGUUGGGUUUGGACAAAACCCGCCAAAGCAAGCUCACCACAGAGGAGCCUCAGUGCCGAUGGCUGAAGCCAACGCGCCGCUAAGCUGCCCACUGAGCUUCGUGAAAUGGUACAACAAGAAUCAGCCCAACGCUAACGAGCUGACCGGAGCAAUCUUGGGAGGACCCGACCGUCAAGACAACUUCCAAGAUUUUCGAUGGACCUCCGUUUACACUGAGCCUUGCACUUACAUCAACUCUAUCGCCGUUGGUGUUCUCGCCAAGCUCGCUGCCACGGCUUAGAGCCACAAAUACCAUAUUUGAAACGACUUUGAAAAUUAUUAUUCUAGGGUUUCUGCUUACCUACUAUAUUUGCAUACACAUGUGGGCUAUACAAUGUGACUAUAUGCAUGUUUCUUAUUUUUGCCUUUGUAGGUAGCUUUUUGGAAUUAUGUUUUUCUCCAAAAUAUAAAAUUGCAUGGGUAUAAUAAUAAGCCCUAAUGAUUUGAAACAAUUGUUAAGUGAAAUUAAUAAAU